UGUCACAAUCUGACCUGCAGAUAUGAAUCUGACCUGCAGAUAUGAAUCUGGCCACAGCUGCUCACAAACCAGACAGCAAGGUCAAGAGGACCACCACAGUAAGAUGUGGAAGAGAACUGACCAUCAACCCAAGAUCAAAGCAGGGGAUGGACCUCAGGUGGGUCAGUUCAAGGAACUGGGUUCAUCUCAGGAAUCUGCCAUGCCACACCCACUAGAGCUGUCAGAAUUCCAGAGCUUCCUGGUGUUUGAGGACAUCAGCCAUCACAUCAAAGAAGUGGGGGCCCAAAUGGUAAAGAAAGUAAAUGCCAUCUUUCAGCUGGACAUCACCAAAAAUGGGAAGACUAUUCUGCAGAGGACCAUUGAUCUGAAGAAUGGUUCUGGGGACAUGUAUCCAGGAUCUGCCAGGCUCCCAGCAGAUACUGUCUUCACAAUUCCAGAAUCUGUCUUUAUGGAGUUGUUUUUGGGCAAAAUGAACCCUCAGAAGGCUUUCCUUGCUGGCAAGUUCAAAGUAAGUGGCAAAGUUCUGCUUGGCCAGAAGCUGGAGAGGGUUUUCAAAGACUGGGCUAAAUGUUAAGCAUGCGAAAAUACCAAGAAAAUGAUCAGAACUUCUCUUUGGUUAUAAUGUUGAGCAGAAAUCAUGCUUAACCUGAAGAUUAAAACAAAAAUUAUCCAAUAUUUUUACU